ACCCUCUCUUCCUUAAGUACCGCCUCUCCCUCUCUCUGCAACACAGUUUCUCUCCUCCCUCAAUGGCUUGCGCGCACACACACAUGGAUAACAUAAAAACUGCAACUCUUUAUGUACCAGCAUUAAUAUUUUAUACCUCAAGUACCCAUUUUAUGAACAACCCAGAAGCCAAGAUCCACUCUUUCACCAUUUUUCUCUAGAAUUCCCUAUCUCUGGAAGUGCUAGCUAGCUUGUUGUGGGAUUAUCAAUUUUUUAUUUUUUUUUUCUGUUAGCAAUAACAACUUAGCAUUAAUUUUUUUUUGUAUGGUUAUAAAAAUGAGGGUCAAAGAAAUGCAUCCAUUAUGCUGCAUCUCACUAGAGAGUUCAGAAGUUCGGAGCCAAUCACCGGAUGCAACGUUGACUCGAGCAAGAUCGUUGCCGGAGACAUUUUUCGGUGGAUCUAACGGCAAUGUAGGGAGGACAGAGGCGGGAUCGAAGGCGACGGUGGCUGGAGUGUUGUACAAGUGGACGAAUUAUGGGAAAGGGUGGAGAUCGCGGUGGUUCUUGUUGAAAAAUGGUGUGCUUUCUUACUCGAAGAUUCGACGGCCACCGGAGAGUAUUAAUCUGGGUGAUGAUGUUAGAUUGAUCGGAGAAAUAUCGACGAAUCGAUUAUUGAGAUUGGAUAGUCGUGGCGGCAGUGGAAGACAGAAACUGCAAAAAACUGUUGGCCUUGUUCAUUUAAAGAUUUCAUCAUUUCGUGAGAGCAAGUCCGACGAUAAGCGGUUUUACAUAUUUACUGCUACUAAGACACUUCAUCUGAGAACUGAUUCAAAGAGAGAUAGAGUGGCUUGGAUACGAGCACUGGUCUCAACUAGCAGCCUUUUUCCAUCAAGAUCGCUAAAUGAUAGUAUCUCCCUUGUUCCAAAUGAUUUGUCUAUCUCAACUGACAGGCUUAAGAAACGUUUACUUGAAGACGGUAUCAAUGAGAACAUCGUAAAGGAUUGCGAGCAGAUAAUGCUAUCCGAGUUUUCUGAGAUACAAGUACAAGUUAAAGUUCUUUGUGAAGAACGGUCCAAUUUGCUAGACACAUUAAGGCAAUUGGAGGCAGCUAAUAUUGAAAAUGAAACCUCAGGAAUUCCAGAUGGCGAAUAUCAAUUGACAAAGCAUGAAUUUUCGAGUUUAGGGCGUGGAAAAUAUAGUGAAUAUAGCACAACUGAGUCAUCUGAUGAUAUUGAGAAACAAGAGCUUGAGGAAGUGUCAGACGAAGAUGGAACCUCCUUUUAUGACACAAAAGAAUAUUUUACUGAACUGGCUGUCAGUGGUUUGUCAAUGACAGAAGUUUCAAAGUACUCUGAGAAGGAUAGGAGAUUUAAUCAGCUUGAUAAUGAAGAGAAAAUGAAUGCUGAGAAGCGAGUUUGCAGUUCUGGAUAUCCAAAUAUUGAAAGGCGAAAAAAGCUUCCUGACCCGGUUGAGAAAGAGAAAGGAGUCAGUCUUUGGUCUAUGAUCAAAGACAAUGUGGGGAAGGAUCUCACACGAGUCUGUCUCCCUGUUUACUUUAAUGAACCAAUAUCCUCUCUUCAGAAGUGCUUUGAGGACUUGGAGUACUCUUAUCUUUUGGACAGAGCCUAUGAAUAUGGAAAAGCAGGGAACAGCGACCUAAGGAUCCUAAAUGUUGCCGCAUUUGCUGUCUCUGGAUAUGCUUCCUCUGAAGGCCGGCACUGUAAACCCUUCAAUCCUUUGCUAGGAGAAACUUAUGAAGCUGACUUUCCUGAUAAAGGAGUUCGUUUCUUCUCUGAAAAGGUUAGUCACCACCCAACUCUCAUUGCCUGCCACUGUGAAGGUAGAGGGUGGAAGUUCUGGGGUGACAGCAACCUCCGCACAAAAUUUUGGGGGCGGUCGAUUCAGCUUGACCCUGUUGGAAUCCUGACCCUAGAAUUUGAUGAUGGUGAAAUAUUCCAGUGGAGCAAGGUCACAACAACAAUCUAUAAUCUUAUCCUUGGUAAAUUGUAUUGUGGUCACCAUGGGAUGAUGCAUAUACAAGGAAAUCGACAGUAUUCAUGCAAACUGAAGUUCAAAGAACAAUCUAUUCUUGACAGAAAUCCUCACCAGGUUCAAGGGUUCGUUGAAGAUGCUUCUGGUAACAAAGUUGCUUCAUUAUUUGGGAAGUGGGAUGACAGCAUGUAUUAUACUACUGGGGAUGAGACUGGCAAGCCAAAGGAUCGGAUUCCCUCAUCUAAUGCCACCUUGCUUUGGAAAAGGAACAAGCCACCUCUUAAUCUCACCCGGUACAACUUGACGACAUUUGCUAUCACACUAAACGAAUUGACGCCAGGACUCCAGAUUAAGGAGAGGCUCCCACCCACGGAUUCCAGGCUUAGACCAGACCAGCGGCAUUUGGAGAAUGGGGAAUAUGAGAAAGCAAAUGCAGAGAAACAACGGCUGGAGAGGAGGCAAAGAAUGUCAAGGAAAUUACAAGAACAUGGAUGGAAGCCCAGAUGGUUCCAAAAGGAAGGUGAUAAUGGAUCUUUCCGCUAUGGGGGUGGCUAUUGGGAAGCUCGGGAGCAGGGAAAUUGGGAUGGAUGUCCAAAUAUUUUUGGUGAAUUCAAUGAAGACCUAGUGGAAUCCUCUGAAGGGCCCUGACUUAUUUAGAAAGGGGUGUCCCAGAGCAAGCUGUGCACAUUAAUUUGGUCGGGUUUAUCAUAUUCCAGCCUUUUUAAAAGGUUUUAGUCCAAGUUUGACUAUGUUUUUCUUGUGGGCGCUUGAGGGGGAACUGGUUUUUGCAGUUCAUAGAGGAUGGAUAGGAUUAGAGAUAUAUCUUCUUGUAACAUUCUUAAUUGUCUGCAAUAAGGUGUUAUUUUUGUAAUGUACUCACUCUCUUCUGUGUGUUAUAGUUCUUUGAACUGCACUAGCCAUUGGCUAAAAAAUUUAUUUUGAUAUUUAUUUUUCUUUUUUAGAAAUAAAAGAAAAAGGAAAUAUAUUGUUGUCAUCA